CGUUGCACGGUCCCUCGCUCAAAUAUCCCCGAAGUACAAAGUCAGGAAAUUCGUAUCAUCAUCCAAACGUGUCGUUGAAUAGAAUGUCAUCACCACAUGAUCGUAGUCGGAGUGAGGACGAAGAUGAUCCUGUGGACAAAAUGAUAUCGAAAACGGGCUGUGCUGAGCUUCACUACGCUGUUCAGGAAUGCAUGGCCGAGCAGCAGGACUGGCGAAAAUGUCAACCUGAAGUACAGAACUUUAAAGGAUGCAUGAUGGCAUUCCAGAAAGCACGAAUAGAACAGCUGCGGAAUAGUCAAAACCCAAGUGCUGCAACUACAUAGACGUGGGACGUGGGGUGUUACCAAACUGACCUCAAACAUUUACCAGUCCAGCACUCAACCCCCAUGAUUCUUUGAAGGGAUGACUUAUUGACUUUAAGAUCACGAAUAUGUAGGCCUAUAGCCUGUUUUCUUCCCGCGAUCUACAGCUACAUCAUGCCUACAUAAUUUACGAUUUAAAUUCUAUGGAGAGGACACAAGGUCGUAUUUUUGUAUAUAGACACGACCAUGGUUGGCAGAAUCAUAGGCUACACAAUUGUACAAUAAGAUGGAAUAAAGUUGUAAAUGUGCUACUUCCGUGCUUUUUCAUAUUUUGCUGCAUGAAACGACAUUUCUUUUAGGUCUAUGGAAAUGACACUUUAAUUUCUUUUCGAAUCUUAGAUUUUGUCAGUUGAAGUGAUUAAAACUGUGGGCCUACCAUGCUGCAGAAAUGUCGAUUCCAAGACAUCCCUGGUAGUCUGGUAGAACUUUGUGGAAUUUGGGCAUAAGUGUGACAUAAGUUACGAAUGUAAUUUUUUUUUGCAUAAAUUGAUAGUUAAGGGGAUGUCCUUUCAGAAUCUGAUGGGUGCCGCUCCGGCAUUUCCCUUAAAAUGACAUCAUCUGCCACACCCCUUUUUGAUCACAGAAAGUUGUCUAAAUAUACAGUACAUUAACAUAUACCUAUCAUGUAUGGUAUCAAAUUAAAGCUCUUUUCAUGCAGGAAUCAGCUUUGGCCAUCAAAAAUAUGAAAAAAAAAAAAAUAGUUCAGAUCCCUUCAGAGAACAAAAUACCAUUUGCAAAGUGACCUUUAAGGUCAGAUUACCUUGGUUUUUGCCGCAUAAUAGCUGACUCUAAAUCAUGUCAUAUUUAGUAUUAAAUUGAAUAAAUUAUGGAACUGCCA